GCCCAGGCGCAGACGCAGCAGCCCGGCAUGCUCGCACAGAUGGCUGCUACCGCGGGUUCCGUAGCGGUUGGCUCCACGAUCGGCCAUGGCCUCUCGAGUAUGCUGUUCGGUGGCUCGUCCUCUGCAGCGCCAGCGCCCGAGGCGCAGGCUCAGCCUGUGCAGCAGCAGGCGUACCAGUCCCAGUCCCAGGGUAUCAGUUGUGAGGUUCAGGCCAAGGAUUUCACCAUGUGCCUCGAGAAGGCUGACCUUCCGUCAUGCACAUGGUACCUUGAGCAGCUCAAGGCGUGCCAAGCAGCUGCUGCUCCUUUUUAG